CUCACGAUGACUCCGAAUGUAUCAGAAGAGGCACUUGAACAGAUCGGUCUGUUCCGCAGACAGUAUCUGCAACUACUCGAUGCUCAAAACCUCACUUGGCCCUCUCCAGACACUCUCCGCGCCUCACAGGCUCAAGAAUGGAUAUACGAGAACCUUUUCCAGACAGACGACCUUGACCACUUUCUGCCUCCGGAAAGGUACCGUCUGCGUAUCUUGAAGCUGCUCAUGUCCAAGAUCGAAUCCUCCAUUGUAGACCCAGAAGAAGAUGAAAUAUCGGAUAAUCUCAUGUCUACACUUGCCGAACUCAUGUUCUCUCCCAUGCCUGAUGAUGCCACCGCUGCUCAACAGCGGAACUGGGUAACGUAUACUCCUCUUGCUCAGGGUUCUCCCAUCGUGGACAAGGAGCCUGAGUUGAAGUUGCUGGAGAACCGUGCAGUCAUCUCCGGUGCUGGCACUACUGGGUUGCGCACUUGGGAGGCUGCUCUUCACCUUUCUUCAUAUCUGCUUUCCUCGCCUGAUUUGAUGGAAAGUGUCAAGGGCAAGAAGGUGAUUGAGCUUGGUGCUGGUACAGGGUUACUGUCCAUCUUGUGCGCCAGCCAUCUGGACGCUGCACACGUCACGGCCACCGAUGGUGAUGAAGGUGUUGUUCAAGCUUUGCAUGAGAAUGCAGCUUUCAACGAUGUCAAGGAUGUUAUGGACAUUGGCGUGCUGUGGUGGGGUCGAGCUCUUAAGGGCUCUUGGAUGUUUGACAAAGAUCCUUCGUUUUCCUGUGAUCUUGUUCUUGGUGCUGAUGUUACAUACGACAAGGCUGUUAUACCGGCACUGGUCGCUAGCAUGCGAGACAUGUUCGAGGCCUGGCCUCAUGUACAGAUCAUCAUCUCAGCGACCAUUCGGAACACUGACACUUUCGCUGCUUUCGAAUAUGCUUGCGGUAAGUUUCGAAGCAUGGUUACGCCCCACUUGGUAGACUAA